AUGAGACACCGCCACGGAGAGGCCACCCGCCUGCGCCAAGCUCUGGCCGCCGCCGCUGCCGAACCCACCACAGAAGGUCCCGGCAUCCCCAAGGCCACCGCGGCGGCCAUCGCCUGCGAGUGGCUGAAGGCGGUGGCCUCAGUGGAGGCCGCCUGGGCCAAGCUGAAGGUGGAGGCUGCAAGCCUGAAGGAUGCCUGCGAGGUGGCAGCCACCGCCGGGGCCGCUGCUGGGGCCACCGCCGAGGCCACCAUGGCCCACCUGAUGGGGGCAGUGGCCCUGGAGACUGAAGCGCGUGGCGGGUUCCGGUUGGCCACCCACCUCCUGCCGAUGACCUUGGAGCCGACUGAGGUGGUUGAGGUGGUGGCAGCCCACGAUGCGCGGGUGGCAGAGGCUGGGGCAGGGCUGCAGGAGGCCAGCAAGGCCACCGAGGAGGCGGCAGUGGCAGCGGAGGCCGCAGUCACGGCCAGGGAGCGGGGACGGCAGGCGGUGGUGGCCCGCGAGCUUCUGGGGCACCUGGUGGUGGCCUGUGAUGGUGCCUGCCACUACUAUUGUCACCUGCAGCGCCGCCUCAAGGACAUCGAGGCCACGGUGGCUGCCGGACACGGCGGCCCCGAGGCUGCUGCGGUGGCCCUGGAGGGUCCCGAUGUCCCCAGGGCCAUGCAGCGGGACCUGGGCAUCCCCAAAGGCCUGGCGGAGGCGGUGGCGGUGGCCGAGGCCCUGUGGGGCGCCAGCGCCCGCCUGGCCCAGGAGCACCUCUUGGGGACGCUGCGGGUGGUCCGGGGGCUGCUGAGCACCGGAGGCACCACCGAGGCCACGGCUGUGGCCCAGCGCUGCCAAGAUGCCACCAACGCCCUCCCGGGGCUGCUGCCACGGGGACACUCUUAGGGGACGGUGGCUUCACCAGGGACCAGUGGGGUUCUUGGGGACGGUGGCUUUGGUGACACCCAACACAACCGUGGAGUCAUGGAGCAGGAGUGUUUUGGGUGGAAAAGGGCCUUCAAGUACACCAAGGCCAAGCUGAACCAUGUCCCCUAGUGCCACGUCCCCUAGUGCCACGUCCCCUAGAGCCACGUUCCCUAGUGCCACGUCCCCUAGUGCCACGUCCCCUAGUGCCACGUCCCCUAGUGCCACGUCCCCUAGUGCCACAUCCCUUAGUGCCACGUCCCCUAGAGCCACGUCCCCUAGUGCCACGUCCCCUAGUGCUACGUCACCUAGUGCCACAUCCCUUAGUGCCAUGUCCCCUAGUGCCACAUCCCUUAGUGCCACGUCCCCUAGAGCCACGUCCCCUAGAGCCACGUUCCCUAGUGUCACGUCCCCUAGUGCCACGUCCCCUAGUGCCAUGUCCCCUAGUGCCACAUCCCCUAGUGCCAUGUCCCCUAGUGCCACGUCCCCUAGUGCCUGGUCCCCUAGUGCCACAUCCCUUAGUGCCACCUCCCCUAGUGCCACCUCCCCUAGUGCCACAUCCCCUAGAGCCACGUCCCCUGGUGCCACGUCCCUUAGAGCCACAUCCCUUAGAGCCACGUCCCCUAGUGCCACGUCCAUUAGUGCCAUGUCCCUUAGUCAGCCCAGCCUCCUCACCACGGCCUCAAUUUGGGUGAUCAAGAGCGAUGCAGCCUCCCCUUGGCCUCCUUUCCUCCAAACCGUCCCAAUUCCCUCAAGCCUCAUAAUUCUCAUUUUCUAGUUCUGCCAGUUUCAUUGCCUUUUUUUUUUUUUUUUUUAAUUUUUCCCUCAGAUGUGAGCAAUUCUGCAUUUUUGGGGCGGGAGGCCCAAAACCAGACGCGAGGUUUCGGGCUCACUGGUGCCGUGCAUGAGUUCCCCAUCGAGGUCACCGAUAAAAAUGGCGAUAGGCAAAAAACAUAAAUUGAUUGGUUAAAAAACUGAAACAUGAUGAUAAAUCAAUAAAAAUUGACAAAAAAAGAGAAAUAGUUUGAUGAAAACAAGAAAAUGAGUGAUAAAGUGGUAAAUUGCUUGUUGAAAAUGAUAGAUCGAUUGAUAAAAAUGAUAAAAAUGAUAAAUUGAUUGACACUGGGGACCCCUCCGGGAGAUGCCACCCCCAAAUUCCCAACCCCCGCAAACCACCAAAUCAUACUUUUUUCACCUUU